UGGACGCCGCCGAGUAAGCAUCGUUAAAGUCUCCCCUCCCACCGCCGUCAUGUCUAAGUCAGAGUCUCCCAAAGAGCCUGAACAGCUGCGGAAGCUCUUCAUCGGAGGUCUGAGCUUUGAAACAACCGAUGAGAGUCUGAGGAGCCAUUUUGAGCAAUGGGGAACACUUACGGACUGUGUGGUAAUGAGAGAUCCGAACACGAAGCGCUCCAGAGGCUUUGGGUUUGUCACCUAUGCCACUGUGGAGGAGGUGGAUGCAGCCAUGAAUGCAAGGCCACACAAGGUGGAUGGAAGAGUUGUGGAACCAAAGAGGGCUGUCUCAAGAGAAGAUUCUCAAAGACCUGGUGCCCACUUAACUGUGAAAAAGAUUUUUGUUGGUGGCAUUAAAGAAGACACUGAAGAACAUCAUCUAAGAGAUUAUUUCGAACAGUAUGGGAAAAUCGAAGUGAUUGAGAUCAUGACUGACCGAGGCAGUGGCAAAAAGAGGGGUUUUGCUUUUGUAACAUUUGAUGACCAUGAUUCUGUAGACAAGAUUGUCAUUCAAAAAUACCAUACUGUGAAUGGCCACAACUGUGAAGUAAGGAAAGCGCUCUCUAAGCAAGAGAUGGCUAGUGCUUCAUCCAGCCAAAGAGGUCGAAGUGGUUCUGGAAACUUUGGUGGUGGUCGUGGAGGUGGUUUUGGUGGGAAUGACAACUUUGGUCGCGGAGGAAACUUCAGUGGUCGAGGUGGCUUUGGUGGCAGUCGAGGUGGUGGUGGAUAUGGUGGCAGUGGGGAUGGCUAUAACGGAUUUGGUAAUGAUGGAAGCAACUUUGGAGGUGGCGGAAGCUAUAAUGAUUUUGGCAAUUACAACAAUCAAUCCUCAAAUUUUGGACCCAUGAAAGGAGGCAAUUUUGGAGGCAGAAGCUCUGGCCCUUAUGGUGGUGGAGGCCAAUACUUCGCCAAACCACGAAACCAAGGUGGCUAUGGUGGUUCCAGCAGCAGCAGCAGCUAUGGCAGUGGCAGAAGGUUUUAAUUACUGCCAGGAAACAAAGCUUAGCAGGAGAGGAGAGCCAGAGAAGUGACAGGGAAGCUACAGGUUACAACAGAUUUGUGAACUCAGCCAAGCACAGUGGUGGCAGGGCCUAGCUGCUACAAAGAAGACAUGUUUUAGACAAUACUCAUGUGUAUGGGCAAAAAAACUCGAGGACUGUAUUUGUGACUAAUUGUAUAACAGGUUAUUUUAGUUUCUGUUCUGUGGAAAGUGUAAAGCAUUCCAACAAAGGGUUUUAAUGUAGAUUUUUUUUUUUUUUUUUUUG